CAAUUUGAGAAAAUUUCGACUCACGCCGAAACCUUUUCAUUGCCAUGUCCCUUCCAUAAAGACGAUCAGCUCAAUCAUGAUCUCGAUGCAUCGGUUGAUCAUUUGCCAGGUCACCCCCGCAUCAAAAUUAGCGAUCGUAAAGGCUUGUAUGAUUUUAUUCUCCGGGAAGUUUGGUCUGAGGAUCUUGAGUCGAUAUCGGGCAGACUCUGGUGGAUGUCGAAGCAGGAUAGUAGCAAUACCUCUCCGUUACAUCGACAGCGAGUAAAGGGCCGAUGGGUCAUCGUUACUGAGGAUCCUCGGCUACAUCUCGUCUGUAUUGACACCCGAAUUUCCAUUAAACCCCUUCCUAAGUACAUAAUCUCCUACGCAUUCUGGGAUACAAUUAUGAGCGACCCGUCUGAAUAUGGUGCGGCGGCGAAGGUCAGAAAAGCCGCACUCGGGUAUCUGCGGACGUAUUUCUACCUGAUCCAAUACGAAUCAGAUCUACGGAUCGUCAGUCUCGCAGUCUCUACUUCCGAUAAGAGAUAUUCGAGUACCUUGUUAUUUACGGCUUGCUACUGGCUCAGCACUCUGAUCGGAUUUGUGGCUGGUGUCUCUAUGCUGAUUUUGGUAUUUCUUUUCAUUUUCAAAGUGAUCAAGGAGUGGAGGUUUGCGAUAGCCCAUCGGCUGUGGCUGAGACAAAAUACACAGCAAAGACCAAAGGGCCAUAUGUAA